UCUGUGGGGAGAGCCAGUCCUCCCCUCCAGUCGUUCCCAGAUGUCAUUCUGCCCACCCAGGCGCUUGGUUCCUGAGUUCCGGGGCAUUCCACGGUUACUAAGUUACUGGUUUUUGUUGACUUUUAAAUAUUUUCUUCUACGGGAGAGGGGGAGGGGGGCAAAAGUCAGGAAAGAGCAAAUAAAAGCAAGUCAACAUAAGCCCCCCUUCCCCAAAAGAAAGUUGCCCCCCUUUCCUCAUCCCCAUCCAAACAAAACGCCUCUGAAACCCACAGCUUGGCUGGAGCAACAGCCAGCUAGAACUGACUACUUCCCAGGCCCAGUCUUUAGCUCCCUUUCUGGUGAAUGAGGGCUGGUGGUGGACAGUCCCUUUGUCUCCCAGCCCUGGGUGGACAAAGGGGCUUCCGGAAAGAGAGAAAGAGGAUGGCCAGUGGAAAUGGGCUCCCUCCAUCCUCGGCCAUGGUGGCCAAGCGUCCCUCCGCCCUGGGGCCAUUCCCCAGAUACGUGUGGAUCCACCAGGAUACACCUCAGGAUAGCCUAGAUAAGAUUUGUCAUGACAUCUGGAAAAGAGUUCAGGGCUUGCCAGAGUACCUGCAGCCCAGGACCUCACUGGAGAAACUCUCUGCACCGAUGACAGCGACUGUCAGCUUCCAAGAAGAAGCUCUGGAGCUGAGCGGGGGCAAGGAUGAGAUCUCCCUGCUGGUGGAGCAGGAGUUCUUGAGUCUCACCAAAGAACAUCUCAUCUUGGUCCAAGAAGGCUCUGGGGAGUUGGCAACACCUAUUGUCACUCCCCAGGGGACCCGGGAGCUGACUCCCUGCUUUAUUGUGCCUCCUCUGGGGACAGACAGCACUGAAUACCCAGGAUCCUCUGUAACAGCUGAUGACAAGCUUCGGGAGCAGAAGCUGUCUGUGCCCAUCAUCAGUAGCAGGCAGGACUGUGACUCUGCCAUGUCUACAGUCACAGGCAUCCUCCGUGCCGCCAAGGUCAAGAGUGUCAAGGGAACAAAGGACAAGAGCCAUAGCCUGAGUGCCUCUAAUUCAGAGAUCAGCAAGCUCCUGGCCCAGUUCCCGCUGAAGUCUACCGAAAUGUCCAAGGCCCCUGACAACAAGAUGGUGCUGGAAGAGACCAAGGUCAUUAAAGAUUUCCUGCAGAAUAGCAUGUUCAAUGGCUCUGGACCCCGGGAGUCCAUGGGACUGGGCCCAUUCCUGCUGCUGCCACCCCCACCUCCUCCUGCACCCACUGACAAGCUCCCUGAGUUCUCUCCUCCGAAAAGGCAGCUUCCAGUGUUUGCCAAGAUCUGCUCCAAGAAUGAGGCUGACCCCACUCUUGAUGGCCACCACUGGAUUGAACGAACCCCUGGCAGCAAAGAGCUAACCAAAGGACGAGAGAGCCUCUUUAUCAGCCAGUGGCCCCAGAGCAGGAAGGACAACUGUGGUGAGGAGGGUCACAAUGACUCAAUUGGCACCAUCUCCAUGACCCUGCCAACCAAGAAGCCAGUGUGGCCGGCUGAGAAGAACCUGCUGUAUGAGUUCUUUGGGGCCACCAAAAACCCCGGUGGGCAGCUGAGGCUUCGAAGCAAAGUGGAUAUGGAUGGGCUGGAUCUGAAGUUUAACCCUCCUGCAUUGAUGCCUGACAAGAACAAUAUUAAGUAUGCUGGGAAUGUUUUCGCCCCACGCUUCACCGCAGCCUUGACCUCGACCACCCUGAACCAGCCUCUCUGGGUCAAUCUGAACUGUCCGCCUCCACCAGUGUUCUCCAACCACUCCACCUUCCCGCAGUACCAGGGCCUGUAUCCACAGCGGUCAACAAGGAUGCCCUACCAGCAGCCUGUGCACCCCCCGAUGGGGUGCUACUCCCGACAGGUGACACCGUACAACCCACAGCAGAUGGGACAGCAAAUUUUCCGCUCCUCCUACACCCCCUUGAUGAGUUACAUCCCCUUGGUCCAGCCCAACUAUCCAUAUCCUCAGAGGACCCCCCAGAAGCUUCCCGCCAAUCCCCGAGAUCCUACCCCGAUGGCAGGAGAUGGGCCUCCAUACCUCUUCCCCCAGGGAUAUGGUCUCUCCAGGCACACCAGAGACGUCGUCACUGCAUCUAUCUCCCCUCUCCUCCAGGUUCAACUCGGCGUCCAGCGGCCCCCUGAUGAACAGCCCCUAUUUUUCCUCCAGUGGGAAUGGAAUACGCUUUUAGACUUCUUUCUCUCUCCCCACCUCUCUUUGCCCUUGGAUCAGGGCUAAAGGUUCUGGAAUUCUGGAUUCUGCAACAGCUUGGUGUGAAGUUUGGAAAGCCAAGGUUCCAACCAGGUGGCCGACAGAAAACAGCAAGACCAGACUCAUCUACUGACCAACACUCACCUGCCUAGCCCCCCUCUCGAGUAGCACACACCGCAGACGCACCCUCCUAUUCGGAAGACCACACAGGCACCUGUAUUUAGCUAACAUGACUGGUUUUUGUUUUUGUUGUUGUUGGUAAGAUAGAAAGUAAGACACUUAAUUUAGAACGUUUAUAUUUUAUGAUAAAACUAUGAGCUGCUUGAA